CACAAAGAAAGAAGUAUCACCGCAGAGCACUGGAGGCACCUGAAAACACAGACACAGCAUUCAAGCCAAGCGUUCAGAGUUGUGCACAGUAUGGCGGACUACACAACCGCACCAAGCCACGUGGAGUUGGCACUCGAGGACAGGACGGUGAUUUUGGUAGAAAAGAAGUCAUCUACAGAGUGGAUAUGGAAGGUGUUGGGGGCUCUUCUCGUUGUGGCCCUUUGUUUGGGAGGUGUCCUGCUGUUUGCUUGGUACUGGAACAGGCCAGAAAUGAUGACACAGUCAGGCCAAACAGAAGCACUAAUCGAGAAGGACUCUGGUGAGAAAACAGAUCCCCACUACACGCUGAAGCGAAUCAGCAGCAAAGCCAAGGCAGCCAUCCAUUUAGAAGGUAGCUACGAUGACGAGGACAAGAGCUCGAAAGUGGAGCUGGAGUGGAAGAAUGGUCAGGGCCAGGCGUUCGCUCAGGGCGGCUUCCUGCUGGCUAACAACCAGAUCGUCAUCCCGCGAACCGGCCUCUACUUCGUCUACAGCCAGGCGUCGUUCAGAGUCUCCUGCAGCGAUGGCGAGGAGGACGAGGCGGGAAAACGCUUCAUGCCUCUCAGCCACAGGAUCUGGCGGUACUCAGACUCCUUGGGCGGCAAAGCGUCUCUGAUGAGCGCGGUGAGGUCGGCGUGCCAAACCACUGCCCAGGAGGAGGACAGUUACAGAGACGGACGGAGCUGGUACAACGCCAUUUAUCUGGGUGCAGUGUUUCAGCUGAAUAAAGGAGACAAACUGUGGACGGAAACCAACCAGAUAUCAGAGCUGGACACCGAUGAGGGCAAGACUUUCUUUGGUGUGUUUGCACUUUAAAUGAAACGACUCUUUGUUCUGAUACUAAUGGAGAAGACACACAGUGCCAAUGGUGUUGGCUUUUUUUAACAUUUUGUUUUAUUUUUUUUAUCACUAUUCAUCUUCAUGGUGACAUAGAAAUGUUUAAAUCUCAAUGGAGAUAAAAGUUGUGUUGAUUUCUAAAAAUGUUUUAUGAACUGUAACAGUUUGCAACAUUACUCUUAUUUUAGGCACUUUUUGUACAUUAUUUAUGCUGAGAUUGUAGGAGGCUAGACUUUCUCUGCUGUACCAGAUGACGACACAGCUCUUCACUGCAGAGCUGAGGUUCAACGAUUAUGUACAUAACUAUUAUCUCCUACUAUUGCAACCUAUACGUAUUUAUUUGUAUUUAUUUAUAUUUAAAAUGUUGAGAUUAGGUGAUUAAAGAUGAUAUUUAUGUACUUUCUAUGCACUUAAACUUGAUUAAAAAGCAAAAAGAA